UUGCAGGUGAUCCUGGUACUAGAGUACUAACACUAGUACUAAUACUACAAGUGAUCCUGGUACUAGAGGAUGAACACUUGUACUAAUACUACAAGUGAUCUUGAUACUAGAAGAUGAACACUAGUAACAAUACUACAAGUGAUCCUGGUACUAGAGGAUGAACACUAGUGCCAGUACUUCAAGUGAUCAUGGUACUAGAGUACUAACUCUAGUACCAAUACUACAAGUGAUCCUGGUACUAGAGUACUAACACUAGUACCAAUACUGCAAGUGAUCCUGGUACUAGAGUGCUAACACUAGUACCAAUACUGCAAGUGAUCUUGAUACUAGAGUACUAACACUAGAACCAAUACUACAAGUUAUCUUGAUACUAGAGUACUAACACUAGUACCAAUACUCAGGGUCAUAGCAGCAUCAUGUAAGAACAGUGUCAUAAAUACAACAUCUACUGUGUCAACUCUGGUGUCAGAUGGUAUCAUAAAACUGGUGUGUCACAAUACAUGUAGUGUCAGCACUGGUGUCAAGUGGUGUCAUAAAACUGGUGUGUCACAAUUCAACAUGUAGUGUCAACAUUGGUGUCAUAAAGCUGACACAACAACUGUAACAUCCUCACUCGUAUCGUCUGUAUUUACACAUCUCGUCAUCAGGAAUUUGUUAGGUAAACAUUAUCUCAGAUUAGACUGUAAUUUUUUCAUCAAUAUGUGUAACACAUGUAGCAGCAGCAUCAACAUGUAAUGUGCUAAAUUAAUUUGAGGCCUAUAGUCAUAAUUAUAUAGUGUGUAUGAGUAUUGUUAAUGUUAAAUGUUUCUUGUAUAUGGUGGAGGUACUAUUUGUGUGACUAUUACACAGUAGUAAGACAUAUGUAACUUAUAGUAACCAUUGACCCCAUACUGUUUUAUCACUUAACAGUGUUUAAACAUAAUAAUAUAGUGGUACCUCGAGUUUCGUAUAGCUUCCAACUCAAACAAUUAUGUAAGUGUAUUUUUGUAAGUGGUUUUGUAAGUGUAUUUUUGGGGGUCUGAAACGGAAUAAUCUAAUUUACAUUAUUCCUUAUGUGAACAAAUUCGUUCGGUAUCGGCACUCGAACAGCCUUCUGGAACGAACUAAUUUCGUAACUCGAGGUACCACUCUACAUUAAUGAAAUAUUUAUCUUCACUGUAAACAGUAUUAAUGCAAAUCUAUUUUGGUUCGGCACUUUUUAAUUCGUAUACAAGAUUUAUUAAGUCAGUGGUCAUUAUGUCUUCAGUAAGUGAAAAAGAAUGUGUUCAGGAAUCACGUGUUAUAGUUCACACAGAAGAGAAAUUACAACAAUAUACUGAGUGUCUGAAAGAUGUUAAACUAAAAUUGAAUUAUGUAUCGGAUAUAAAAACUCGUCAAGACAAAGCUCUCCAGUGCUCAGUUUGUCUGAAGAAAUUUUUAAAGAAAUUUCAUUUACUAAGACACAUGAAAAUUCAUAGCGGAGAGAAGCCACAUCAAUGCUCAGUGUGUUUCAAAGAAUUUUCACAAAAACAAGAUUUAAUAACUCAUGUGAGAAUUCACACUGGGGAGAAACCAUACCAGUGUUCAGAGUGUCUCAAAGACUUUUCCCAAAAAUCUAAUUUGGCAAGACACAUGAGAACUCACACUGGAGAGAAGCCACAUAAGUGUUCUAAAUGUGUCAAAGAAUUUUCCCAAAAAUGUGACUUAAUUAAACACAUGAGAGUUCAUACUGGAGAGAAACCUUAUAAGUGUUCGGAGUGUCAAAAAGAUUUUUCUCAAAAAUAUCAUUUAAUUAAUCACAUGAGAGUUCAUACAGGUGCUAAACCAUAUCAUUGUUCAGAGUGUCUCAAAAACUUCUCCCAAAAAUUUGUUUUAAUACAACACAUGAAAACUCACACUGGAGAGAAACCAUAUCAGUGUUCAGAAUGUCUCAAAGACUUCUCCUCAAAAACUAAUUUAGUAAAACACGUAAGAAUUCAUACCGGACAGAAACCAUACCAAUGUUCUGAAUGCCAGAAAAACUUUUCCCAAAAAUCUCACUUAAAAUACCAUAAAAAAAUUCAUACUAGAGAGAAACUACAUCAGUGUCCAGAAUGUCUAAAAAACUUUUACCAUAAACUUAAUUUAGUAAAACACAUGAGAAUUCAUAUAAGUUAAAAAGUCACUUCAGUGUCUUAUUUAUAAAAUACAGGUCCUACAUCACAAAAUACAGGUCCUACAUCACAAAAUACAGGUCCUACAUCACAAAAUACAGGUCCUGCAUCACAAAAUACAGGUCCUACAUCACAAAAUACAGGUCCUACAUCACAAAUCUGGCAUCAUUGGGACCUGUAGUGUUCUGGAUUACUGAGUAGUUAGGUUAGAAUACACUUAAUAAAAAUAACCAACUUGACUUACACAAAGUUCAUUGAACAUCGGAAAAAAUCGAACAUUUCUGGUACUGUAAGCUCAAUUUCAAAGUACAGUGGACCCCCGCAUAACGAUUACCUCCGAAUGCGACCAAUUAUGUAAGUGUAUUUAUGUAAGUGCGUUUGUACGUGUAUGUUUGGGGGUCUGAAAUGGACUAAUCUAAUUCACAAUAUUCCUUAUGGGAACAAAUUCAUCCAGUACUGGCACCUGAACAUACUUAUGGAAUGAAAUAAUAUCGUAAACCGGGGGUCCACUGUACAACCAUAAAAACCAUACGAAAAAAUACCGCAAAGAGGCAGCUAAUGGCUAAGAAGUGAACUCCCUUAUUUAUCGUCCAUUUAUUUUUCAUUUUUGGUGUACGCUAAGAAGUAUCUUUCCAUCAUACAUUGCCCAGUUUUCAAUAAGAUAGCCCAACAAACAACUGAGAAAAAAAAUAUUUACCAAAAAUCAUAUAUGACAAGCCCAAGACAGGUACUGGAAAUGAGUCACUUUGUCUGACUUUUUUUGGGUUAUCCCAGGUUCUGUAUACAUACACUGCUAUGUAUGAUAAUCUAUGUAACUGUAUUUGUGUAUACCUGAAUAAACUUACUUAUUUACUUACUUCUAAUCUGUCGACUGAGUACAAGAAACCGCUCAUUCACCUAUUUCAACUACCCAAUAAAGUGGUCAGAAAUUGGCAGUGUGGCCAAUUUCACACAAAUUUCAACAGAGGCCAAUUUCAAAAUAGGGUCUAGAAUAAACAAUACAGACAAUGCAUUUUCUGUUUAUUAGGCAUGGCUCCGGGCCCCUCUUAUGUUACUCUUGCUUACCAUAUGGAAUUUUUAUUCUUAUAAAAAAUAGAAGAUUUAUUCUUAUGCAGACUACUGCAUUAUUGUAAUAAAUGUAUAAAUAAUGUCAACCCAUUCUUGACUCCGUAUUGGAAUUUGUUUACUCUUGAACAUCGCUAAAAAAUAGAACAUUUCCGCUCCUGUGAGCGCAAUUUCAAGGUACAGUACCUUUCGUUGUGAAAGCAAUCAAAAUCAUAUCUGUUUCUGUAGUGUAUCUUCCAUUCCAUCAAAUGAGACCAAAACAAGAGAAUACAACCAUAAAAACCAUACGAAAAUAUACCGCUAAUGGCUGAGAAGUGAACUUCGCUAUUUAUGGUCUUGUUUCUCUCAUUUUUGGUGUAUGUUAAGAAGCAUCUUUCCAUCAUACAUUGCCCAAGUUUCAAUAAAUAACAGAAAAAAGGCACAAUACCACGACUGGAACGAUACACAAAUAACCCGCACAUAGAAGAGAGGAGUUUACGACAACGUUUCGGUCCAACUUGGACCAUUUACAAAGUCACACUAACGAGAAGUAGAGCAGGACGGGUAUAGAUAGGCAGGAAGUUUCAAUAAGAUAGCCCAACAAACAGCUCAGAGAAAAUAAUAAUAAUAAUAAUAAUAAUAAUAAUAAUAAUAGUAAUAAUAAUAAUAAUAAUAAUAAUAAUAAUAAAUAAUAGUAAUAAUAAUAAUAAUAAUAGUAAUAAUAAUAAUAAUAAUAUUAUCUUUAUUUACUACAUGAAAGAUGAGGUGAAUCAUAGAAUUAAUGAGGGGAAAAGAGUGAGUGGUGCACUUAGGAGUCUGUGGAGACAAAGAACUUUGUCCUUGGAGGCAAAGAGGGGAAUGUAUGAGAGUAUAGUUUUACCAACGCUCUUAUAUGGGUGUGAAGCAUGGGUGAUGAAUGUUGCAGCGAGGAGAAGGCUGGAGGCAGUGGA